AUGGUAUGUUGGUUGGGUUUCUUCUCUGUAAAUGACAGCUCUCUCGAGUUGCUCAUCUGCCACAUUCUCUUCGUGCUCUGCGCCCUCGUCACAUUUCGCAUCAUCUGCCACAUCUGCGUCCCCAAUUUAAGUAGUCUUCAUGAAGUUAAUCUUGGCUUCGUGUCGUCCAAAAAGAAUGGACGCGUAUUUUCUACAGAUGAAUUUCCGCUUUCUGAGUUUGGCGCUUCGUUCUUUACGCCUGGUCAGGGGUACAAAAUCGAAUUGCUGAUUUCUGUACCAGAUUCUCCUCAAAAUCGUGAUGUAGACAUGUCAUCUCUGCGACUACAAUUGUACUCAUUAGAUAAAAAUCACUCAAUCACCUUUUCGAAUACUCUUCUGCCCAUAUACCGGCCAUGGCUGAUAGAUACUAUGGAUACAAUUUUUUAUGCUCCAUUUUACCUCUUUAAUUUCUGCAAAAAGGAACAAAGGCUUUGUGUCGUUUUCUCCAGCAAUUACCACGAUAAUCAGGACUUUCCCACUUUUUCUGGGCGGCUAGUUUUGGAGACCAGCGGUCUGCGCUGGUACAGUGCGACUCUGACCAUAUCUGCGGUGUUGAAUCCACUCUUAUGGCUUAUCUACCAACACAUCUGGCUUGUCGGGCUUGUCUUUGUCAUUGUAGUCACCCUAGCUCUUGACUGUCUCACUUUCUGUGGACAAAUGUUGCGUCGCUAUCAUCACCGCGCCGACACUAAACCGUUGCCACCGCAGGCAAGUACGAUUCAGACGAAUGUAAAAGAGAAGGCGAAAGAUGAGGGUGAAGAAGAUGCUCCUUCUGUAGAAUCAAUCAGUCCAUCUGUUGCAACUGAAGAAUACGACCAGUGA